AUGAAACAAACCCUGACUCUGGUGCGGAAAACGGACAACGAUGCGAUCUUCAGGAAUGCAAAUGUUGAUGAUGGGAAAAUUAUCCUCGAAAAGGUGUCGUGGUUUAUGCCUCAUGUACUACCCGCAGAUGCUGAAAAAUUUCAGCUUUACAAGACACUCGAUUCAAAUGCGCUUCUACCCGUAAUGUACAGGAUCAAGCAAUGUGAUUCCAUCUCCGUACCACAGUCAACUAGCUUCACCUGGAGACUAUCUGUCAAAUCAGCGCCUGAAAGACCGCGCUAUGUCAUUGUCGGUUUCCAAACUGACAAAGACGGUGACCAAGAGCAGAAUCCUUCCAUCUUUGACAACGUCAAUGUGAGGAAUAUAUUUGUCAUGCUAGACUCGGCUAGAUACCCCGCAGUUGCCUACAACCUCUCCCUUCCCAAACAGCAAUUCAGUCGGGCGUACGGUGAUGCAGCAGCCUUCAGGUCCAAGUUUUACAACAUGGACGAGUUGGUGUCAAACCCCAACAUCACCCCCGCCGAUUACAAGACUCUUUUCCCACUGUUUGUGUUCGACGUCAGCAAGCAGAGUGAGCGACUGAAGACCGCAGUCACUGACAUCCAAAUAAAAACUCAGUUCAAUGCCAACGUGCCAGCGGGUACCGAAGCAUUUGCUGUUGUGAUUAGUGACAAGAUGAUAAACUUCAAGACCGAUGGGAAGAAGGUAAACGUUGUAUAUAGCUAG